AAGUAAGCGUUGGUAGGAGCGGCGGGAUGAUGAUGAGUAUAUAAAUCAAUAAAAACCAAAAAGAAUAAAUGGCAAGAGAAAUUGGAUAUCGAUGGAGGAAAUAACGAUGUGGAAAACAGGGCAGAGAUUCUCUACAAUGACACCGUAGACCAAUUGAAAGGGAUGUGGCGCAGCUUGGUAGCGUCUUUGUUUUGGAUACAAAAUGUCACGGGUUUCAAUCUUGUCAUCCCUACCUUCUCCUCUGGGCAGUAACGAGGGAUCCAUUAAGAUCGAUUCAAAUUGGACAUGCAAAAUUUUGAAUUGAAUGAUACUAUAUGCAUGCAAGAUGUAGUGAAGGUACAAUACAAAAAGAAUCCUUUUCUUUACAAUCGUAUCUACUGUGAUAAGAAAGCGCUCUUAGUUCAGUUCGGUAGAACGUGGGUCUCCAAAACCCGAUGUCGUAGGUUCAAAUCCUACAGAGCGUGAUUCCGAAUCAACAGACCCCAUUACCGGAACUCUUAAAAAAAUAAUAAUAAUAAUAAUUGUAUCGCACGAUCGCUCGAAGAAAUAAAACCUUUAUUUCGGUCUAACUCGAUUCUAAGACUAGUAAUUCCUUUGAAGUGCUGCUUGCUUUCACUCCAUAUCAUAUUCUAACUUCUAAGAAGAGAACUCCCAGACUUACAAGAGACCUAAGAAAAUUUCUUACCUCUA